GCUAUUUGUGAUUUCAACAUGUGUUUUACUUUUGUUGUCCCUGGUUGGGAGGGAACAACAAAGGAUGCAACAAUCUUGACCCAUGUUAUUGGAGACCCAUCAUAUAAUUUUCCUGCUGCAUUUAAAGGAAAAUAUUAUCUUGUGAAUUCUCAAUAUCCAAUGAGACGAGGUUUUUUAAAACCAUAUAUGGAGUAUUCACAUGAAUAUCAGAAGAUUUUUAAUGAGAGGCAUUCAGCACUCCAUAAUGUCGUCAAAAGGGCUUUCAGAAUUUGGAAGGAAAAGUGGACUGUGUUGCAGGAUAUGCCUUUUUUUUCUAAUGAGAAGCAAAAGUUGAUAAUAGCAGCGACUAUGGCAUUGCAUAAUUACAUUCGCAGGCAUCAUUCUCAAUCUAAUUCUAAUUCAGGAGAAUUUGAUGAAAAUGUUGAAUUUUUGACUUUGGAGACACAAGGAUAUCACGUGGGAGAUGAAUCGUUGAGUCAGCCUGGACGUGAUGACGAUGAGAAUAACGACACGUCUAUGGCGUUGAGAGAUCGCAUUGCACAUGAAUUAGCCACAUGUGCAGUAAGUAUUUGAUGUUACGUCCAAGUUUGAAUUAUAAUACUGAAUUUGUUUUCGUAGUUAAUUUUCGUAUUAACUGUCACUUUACCGAGAGUUUAGUUUUUAUGCAAGUAUAUUUAU